UAUUAUUUUUUUGCAAAAGUCGCAUUAUUACUUUUUUUAUCGUCACCUACCAGUUACAACCCACUUAUUGCGUGAUUUCUACAUAAUUUUGUGUGCGCCGCUCGUCCGGCCUACGAGAUGAUCGCCGUCGUCCGUUACAUGUUGCCCUCAAGUCCUCUGGUGGGUUCCGUGUGAAAUCCCGAAAGUGUUUCCCUUCUGCGAAAGCCUGUGUGCGUUACGACAAAAUAUCGAAUUAUCUUCCCCGGGGGCCCAGGAUAAAAUAUUGUGUCCAUUGAAUGUGUAGUACGCGUUACACGUCUGGGAGGAAAAAGUAAACGGGAUAUAAAAACAAACAAAAAUUUCCAAUAAAACAUGGUCAAGGACGUCCAGUACUAAAAACUCAUCCUACAGAAAGCCGCGUUCACCUUGUUGACGUCAUUUUUCACAGGAAUCAGGCGUGGAUAACACUUUCAAAGGUUGAUUUUGGUAUGCAAAAUUUGAAUUCCAUUUGGUCAUGCGAUCCUUACGAGUGCAUCAUCCUGACUGAUAUUGAAAUUAUAUAAAGGCAUUAAAAAAAAUGUCAUUUUUAAGUGGCCUUAAGAAAGUGCUUCACUUAGGAAACAAUGAAGCGAAAAAGAAGAAAGUAUUUAACAACAUUCAUAUGGAUUGUGAUGUUGAUGAUUUUUGGGAAACAAUUGGUGAACUUGGUGAUGGAGCUUUUGGCAAAGUCUACAAGGCUCAACACCGUGAAACUGGGCAAUUGGCCGCUGCUAAAAUGUGUAUUUUAGAAGGCGAAGAUGAUUUAGCUGAUUUUAUGAUCGAAAUUGAUAUCUUAGCUGAAUGUAAACAUUCAAAUAUUGUUGAAUUAUAUGAAGCAUUUUUUGUGAAUUCUAAACUUUGGAUGCUGAUUGAGUAUUGUGAUGGUGGUGCAUUGGAUUCGAUUAUGGUUGAGCUAGAUCGUGCUUUAAUCGAAGAACAAAUAGCUUAUGUUUGCAAGUAUAUGUGUGAAGGUUUAGCUUUUCUUCAUAAAAGUAAAGUUAUACAUCGUGAUCUUAAAGCUGGAAAUAUACUUUUAACAACUGAUGCCGGUGUUAAAAUUGCUGAUUUUGGAGUUUCGGCCAAGAAUAAACAAACAUUACAAAAACAUGAUACUUUCAUUGGUACUCCGUACUGGAUGGCUCCAGAAGUGGUUUUAUGUGAAACUUUUCGAGAUAAUCCAUAUGAUUUUAAAGUAGAUAUUUGGUCAUUAGGCAUAACUCUUAUAGAACUAGCACAAAUGGAACCUCCGAAUCAUGAAAUGUCUCCAAUGCGUGUAUUACUUAAAAUACAAAAAUCUGAUCCUCCUAAAUUAGAACAACCAUCUAAAUGGUCCAAAAAUUUUAAUGACUUUGUAGCUCAAGCACUUAUAAAAGAUCCAGCUCAAAGACCAACUGCAGAUGAUCUACUUAGACAUCCAUUUGUUAAUGGAAAUAUAGAUCCAAAACCAAUUCGAGAUUUAUUACUUGAAUAUAAAGCAGAAGUUGUUGAGGAAGAAGUUGUGGAUGAAGAACCUGAGGAAUCACCACAUUCUACACAAUUACCUCCCCUGGACUUGGAUGCAGUCGAAGAUGACACUGUAUCUCUCAAAAGUGAAUCUGAAACUAAAGCAGAUGUAGCUGAAGUUAAACCAGAAAUACCAAAAAAACGAGAAAUGGAUGAAGAAUCAUCAGAUAGUAAAAAAAUCAAAACAGAAGAAAUAAUUACAAAUGUUAGUGAGUCUGAACCAGUUAUUUCAUCUAAAGAGAUGUCAUCUAAGAAAAAUGUGGUUAAAAAACAUUCUGAACAUAAAGGUCCUGCUCCACCACCACCAUCUUCAGUUAAAUCAGUAUCAAAUGAAGAACCACAGAAUUCAUUACUUGCAUUGAAAAUUCAAGAUUCUGAUCAAGAGCAAGAAUCCUUAGUAGUUGAACAUAAAGAACUCGUCGAACUAAAAUCAAAAGAUAAUGAUUUUUCAGAAUUAAAUGAUUCUAUUAACAAUAAUUCCGAGGGAAAUAAACCUUUUGAUAUUGCUAAUGAGAAUAAUUCAGUAUCUAUUCAGUCAUCACAGUUACGCAAACAUGAUAUACUUAAUCCUAGACCUAUAUCAGUAGCCACUAGUAUUAAUGGUUCAAUUGUUCAUUCUACGGAAGACUCUCAGGUAAGAACUAGAAGAAGAAGUUCAUCUGCAUCUAAUCGUAAUCAGAGAAGACCUUCCCCUCCAUCUUUAGACAAAGUUUUACAAAUGAAUCAAACUAUUGAAAAAAAUAAAGGUAAAAUGCCUACUGCUGUUUUGAAUGAACUAGCUGGAAGACUUCUUAACAAUCAAGAUGAGACUGAUCAAUCAGAAGAUAAAAACAAUAUUUCACAAAAUGAUAAUUUAAUCAAUGGAGGAACUUUGGUAAGAGUAGGAUCUUCUACUGCAAUUGAUUCAAAGGUUACUGUUGUUACUACUACACAUCCACCUGUUCUUCAAACACAUCCUCCAGGACUUCAUACUCAAGUGAUAAUAGUCGCCGAUACCGACACUAAGUCUCAAAUUGAGAAAAAUAAUGAGGUGGUAGUAAUCAAUUCGUCUCAUACUGAUGAAGAAGAAUUGGAUGCCAGUCAUGUUUCAGUUAUAACAGUAGGAGAAGAACCUUCUAUUAAAGAGUUAGAUUCUUGGAAAAAUAAAGAAGAAAUUGAAGUACCUAAACCUAUUUGUGUACCUGUGAAUACAGCAUUAGAAUCAAAUAAACUUAAAAUGAAUGGGGGUGCAGUCAAGCCUAAUGACCCAACAGAAGUAUACAUUGUCGUUAAUAAUUCGACAAAUGUACAUAAAUUGUCAAAAAGUACACAUGAUGGAAUUGCUGUAAAUAACAAAAAUCAUGUUUCACCUACACGAUCAACAUCUCAUUCACAUUCAGAUAGUGGAUCAGCUUAUAGUAGUGGUGGUCAAAGAACUCCACCUUCAGCAGCCAGUACACGUACAUUUGAUAGAUCCGAUGCUGAAAGUGUUUCAACUACAAUUAGUCAUGAUAGUCGUAGUAGUAAUAAAGAAAAUAAUUUACCUCCUCGAGAAUAUGAAGAUGAAAUUGUAAUACGUAAAAAACCUGAAUAUAGCAGAGAAAUGAAAAGGACUAGUCGAAAUAUUAGUAAGGAAGAAUUGGAAAUCAGAAAUAUGAAAAAAAAGACUAGAAAGCGAACAAGAAAGUUUGAAGUAGAUGGGGUUGUUGUUACAACAACAACUAGUAAAGUAAUUUAUGGCGAUGAAGAUUCCAGUCAUGGGUAUAAUGAUCAAAUAUUUAGAAAACAAGAAUUAAGGGAACUCAAAAUGUUACAAAAACAAGAACAGAAACAGUUUCAAGAUUUAUCCUUUAAGGCAACUAUAUCUAAAGAACAGCAAGAUAAAAAGUUUGAGCAAGAAAGAAUGACAUUAAUUAAACAAUAUGAAGCUGAUUUAGAUGCAAUGAUUAAGCAACAACGUCAAAAUGUUGAAAGAGCUGAAACUCAGCAAGAGGCUGAUUUAAGAAUGACAUCUAAAAAAAUUCGUCUAGAACAAGAACGAGAAUUAAAAGAAUUUAGGGAAGGUUUAAAACAAGAGUUAAGGUUAUUGAAGCAAGAAAUUGACUUAAAACCUAAAGAAAGGCGGAAAAAUUUGUUUAAAGAUAAAAAAGAGAAGUUAGAGACUGAACAUGAGGAGAGAGAAAAAUUAUUCCUUGAGAAACUAAAUGAAAAUCAUGAAAGUUCCUUGAGUAGACUGAGUGAUGCUCAUCAGGAGAAAAUUGCACUUAUGGAACGCCAAUAUCUACAACAGAAACAACAGUUAAUGCGAGCUAGAGAAGCUGCUCUCUGGGAAAUGGAAGAACGUCAAAUUCAUGAAAAACAACAAUUGGCCAAAAGACAGCUUAAAGAUGGCUUUUUUUUGCAGAGGCAUCAAAUGUUAAUACGGCAUGAAAAAGAAUUAGAACAGAUGAAACGAAUGAAUAUACGUAAGGAUGAAGAAAUGCAAAAACGCCAACAAGUUGAAAAACGCUCAUUACCUAAACGUAUACGAUCUGAAAUGAAAGCUCGGGAGAUGAUGUUCCGUGAAUCUGUUCGAAUAAGUAUGGCAACAAAUCCAAAUCCAGAUCCUGAGUAUGAACGUAAUCGACUUAAGAAAUUCCAAGAAAAUGAAAAGAAAAGAUACCGUAAUGAAACACUUGCAUUUGAAAUGAAACAACAACGGCAACUUGAAGAAUUGAGAAUUUUAAAUGACACUACUAUUAGAGAGCUUGAGCAACUUCAAAAUGAAAAACGCAAAAUGCUAAUGGAGCAUGAAACAACCAAGUUAAAAGAGCAAGAAGAAUUGUAUAGUCGCGAGUUGAGGGAAUGGAAAACUCAUCUCAAACCUAGGAAACAGAACCUUGAGAUGGAGUUGGCGAGGCAGGCCAAAGGGAAUUCAUGGAACAGUCGCUAUUCGUUGCCUUCCUCCCCAGGCAACACAUUGCUCAGACGUGAAUAUUCAUUUUCAUCACUUGUAUCUUCUCCUCGAUUAUCCAGUUCUUCUUUUCGUUCUCCUGGUUCAGGUUUUCUCCCCAGACGAUGUGGCAAUCAAUUUCCUAAUCUUUCAAAUCAAUCUACAAUGUAACAUUUUUGUUUACUGAAUGAGUUUUAACUAAAAGGUAGCAUUUGAACCAAAAUUAUCAUAAUAUUCCAAAGGUUUAUAUGUUACUAUUUAGUUAUUGAAUAGAGUAUUUCGGUUCCUAAUCUGGUUUAUGUAAUGUUAUUUAG